GUCAUCCUUAUAAGUUGAAUGUAGCCUAAAUUUUGCGUUUUUCGCUAAGAAAGAGCUUCUCAAACAUGACUGAUCAAAAACCGAAACCCGAACUCGGCUUAUUGGAGGAAGAUGACGAGUUUGAAGAAUUUCCGGCAGAAGACUGGGAGGGUGAGGAGGAGGAUAGUGAAGAUGUGAAUGUCUGGGAAGACAACUGGGACGACGACAACAUUGACGACGACUUCAGUGUGCAACUCAGAGCUGAGCUUGAAAAACAAGGGAAGGCUGUUGACACCCCAGAACCAAUGAAAACGUGAAAUCUCCUCUCAUCAUGUCUUCAACUCUUCUGUAUAGAUCAUGGCUUAUCAGUUGUCAACUCCUUCAUUUGCAUUUUGUGUUUGAUAUUGUCAUAAUAAAUAUUUAAUUGUCA